UUACAGAAUGCAGACAGCUGUUCUACUCUUGGCACUAGUUUCAUGUGCAUUUGCGUGCGAUAUUAUAGUCCACGUCAAAUCCGACACCGACAAGAAAUUCGGUGCGCAAGUCACAGCCAGCAACGGAAAGAAGAGUGAGAAAUGGACCUACUCCAAGAAGCUACAAAGGAAUACCUUCCAACAGAAAGCUGAUGAAUGUGGACUCGCUGAUUGGCAGAUCGCUACAUUCGAUGAAGCAGGAAAGCCCGCACACACUGUUAAAGUAACGCUUGACGGUAUCGGACGUGUCACAUACAAAGUCGGUGAUGAUUUAAAGCCAGUGCAAAAAGAUCGUCAAGGCGCUAUUUGCAAAGGAGAAUGCGCACCUUUGGUCUAAAGAAAAUAGGAUUUGAAACAACGAAUGAAAUCUUUCAUGGAAUAAAGCUUCAAACUAUUGCAUUUGAUACACUAAAUUCCCAAAUUUCACAGCCCUUUUCUUUAUCUGAAAGUGAAAGAAAAAAUUAUGAAAUAAAUAUAAGACUGUGGUAAAA